AUGCUUGCAGCUGAGCGGCGAGCAGCACAACUGGACGAGAUGGCUCGUGUAGCAGCUGAACCACUGGCAAGAAUGGCCGAUGACGUAGAAAUGAAUCGGCAGCUGAAAGAAGAGAUUCAUGAGGAGGAUCCAAUGGCAGUGAUGUUGAAUAGCAAAAAACGAAAGCAAGCUCUCAAGCGAGGAGAUUUGGUAUAUCCGACGUAUCAAGGCGAAUGCCCACCAAAUCGUUUUGGUAUACGGCCAGGAUACCGGUGGGAUGGAGUGGAUCGGUCCAAUGGCUUUGAGGCAAAAUUGGCUCAGGCAAAGAACAGAAGGAAUGCUCAGGAAAGAGAGUAUUAUCAGAACCUUCAAACGUAUGAGUAG